AGAGCGAGCGAGAGAGAGAGAGAGCGAGAGAGAGAGAGAGCGAGAGAGAGAGGGAGAGAGAGAGGGAGAGAGAGAGGCUGAGCGGACACACCAAGAUGAGCUCAGAUGAACCUCGGCAUCCUUUCCCACGUUGGAUCAUUUCAGCUCCGUUAAACCGGAGAGGCAUCACCGGAGCAGCUCUGCAAACACAAACACGGUGAUCCCGUGCAGCAUGCAUCCUACAAGAGAAAAUGUGAGAAAAGAAGGCGGAAUGAAGACUCACUCUUUGGAGAAGAAACAGAAAAAGGAAGAAGAGACAAAGCAUAAGAAGACAAGAUGGACCGUCAUCUGAUAACCUGUUCAUCAGUUUUUUCUUGGAGAGUAACUGAUCAGUCAUUUUAGCCAUGGCACCACACAUUGUGCUGCUUCUUCUUUUGUUUUUCAAAGAGGAUAGAAAUGGUGCCGUGCUCGGUAACAGUGUUUUGGAAGAACAGCAGGAUUCACCGGUGACAUCAAGUAGAACACAAGCUUUACCUCAUCUGGAGAACUUUUCUGGAAGUUUAGAAGAACUGGCAAGCCCUCAAAAUGUGGCUUUUAGACUUAAUGACAGGAAACGUAAUGAUUCUGACAUUAGGGACAACAUAAGGAGGCAAACAGUCACGCUGAAACACCCUGGAUCUGCUGCCAAAUCCAUAAAACCUAAACAUAGCCGUGAACUCGCUCUGAACCACCAGAAAAGAAGCAAUUUGACUAAUGGAGAGCUUGAUGGUGUAAUUAAUGCUCCCAGUCAUGAUGAGACGAACGCUCUUCAGACUGAGACACACUCGGAGGCAGGUGUGGAUGAAGUUGUGCCUGAGAGGACAGAAAGAGGGUCUAACUGGGUCACGGGGGAUGAGGACGGUCGGCCGGAGCUUCAGGCGGAGCCUCACUCUCGCCACAGGAGGAGCUGGCUCUGGAACCAGUUCUUUGUGAUCGAGGAGUACAGAGGGCCUGAGCCAGUGCUCAUCGGACGGCUUCACACUGACAUGGACAGGGGAGACGGACGCACUAAGUACACAUUGGAGGGAGAGGGAGUGGGCUCAGUGUUUGUCAUCGACAGCAACACAGGAAACAUUCACGUCACCAAGUCCCUGGACCGCGAAGAGAAGGACCAGUACCGACUCAUCGCCACGGCUACAGACCGUCAGACCGGCCGAGCCCUUGAGCCUUCUUCUCAGUUCAUCAUCAGAGUCCAGGACAUCAACGACAACCCGCCCGUUUUCCCCAAUGAACCUUACGUCGCCACGGUGCCGGAGAUGGCCAACAUAGGCACGUCCAUAAUCCAGGUCACAGCCAGGGACGCAGAUGAUCCCACGUAUGGAAACAGCGCCCGGCUGGUGUAUGCCAUCACUCAGGGCCAGGACUAUUUCUCUGUGGAUCCGCAGACAGGCAUCCUGCGGACAGCGGCACCUGACAUGGACCGGGAGACUCGUGAUGAGUAUCAGGUCAUCCUCCAGGCCAAAGACAUGGGGGGGCAUCUGGGCGGAUUAUCAGGGACCACCACCGUCACUGUGAGGCUGACUGAUGUCAACGACAACCCCCCUCACUUCAGACGGAGUGCAUGGUCAUUCUCUGUGUCGGAGCUGGCAGCACCAGGUGUGGAGGUGGGUCGACUCACCGCCGCUGAUCCCGAUCUGGGAGAAAAUGCACAGCUGGAGUUUACCAUCCUGGACGCCGAGGAGGCCGAAACAUUCAACAUAACCAGCAGAGACCAAGAGGCUGUCAUUGUGCUCAACAAGCUGCUGGAUUAUGAGACACGCAAUUCGUACACUUUUGCCGUGGAGGUUGCAAACCCUUUAGUAGAUCCCCGUUACCUGAGGAACGGUCCCUUUAAAGACCAGGCGACAGUCCGGGUCAUGGUCCUUAACGCUGAUGAGCCGCCUCGAUUCUCCCAGGCUCGGUACCAUCUGGACGUGUCGGAGAACUGCCCCCCUGUCUGCUCAGUUGGCCGGGUCUCUGCUACAGACCCGGACACGGGGCAAGGCACCAACAUCAGGUACUCCAUCGAUCCCCAGUCAGACCCUGAGGCUCUGUUCCGCAUCGCCUCUGACACAGGCUUUAUCAGCACGGUGAUGGAGUUAGACCGUGAGCAGGAGCAGUGGCAUAAUAUCACAGUCAUCGCCACACAGAGGGACAAUCCAAAUCUUGUGACCAGGGUUGUGGUUGCUAUAGAGACAAUAGACCAAAAUGACAACGCACCAGAGCUGGACCGAGACUACACAACGUCUGUGUGUGAUUCCAGUGCCCCCGGUCAGGUAGUUCAGGUCCUGCGAGCCAUCGACAAGGACCAAGGAGGUCAAGACACCCCGGUUCACUUCAGCAUCCCCCCAGAGUCCAGCUCCGCCCUGAACCUUUCCAUCAGGGAAUCUGGAGGUGUGACAGCCAGCCUGGUUCUGCAGUCAGCCUUGGAGCCCCUCCCUGGCUUCUCCUCAUCCUUACUCACCCUCUACGUGCCAGUUGUGCUUCGCGACGGGGCCUCGGGUCUGACCAACACUGGCACGGUCACUGUGACCAUUUGCCCGUGUCUGCGGGGGGGCAUGCAGACAGAGGACCGGGGGACGCAGAGGGACAGGCGAUGGGAGAGACACAUGGUUUGCCUCCCCAUGCCGUCCUCCUCUGCAUCUCUCAUUUUCAGUCUGGUCACCUUAUUGGCGAUGCUGGCGUGUGUCACAACUUUGCUGGUGGUGUGUGCACUCUCGCUGUCAUUGCGCCAUCAGAAGCGAGACUCCCACUCGCCCUUCGAGGAGGAUGAUGUCAGGGAGAACAUCAUAUCCUAUGAUGACGAGGGGGGAGGGGAAGCAGACACCUCAGCUUUUGACAUCACGGCACUGCAGAGCAUGCACAGAAUGCAGCACAUGCACAACAACAGGAACAUAUGGUACACCCCGCAGAAUCCUCCAAGGGCCAGGACGUACAGCUGGAGUCGUAACCCGCGCCCCGGCUUGAGCCCUCAACAGCGGCCGGGCUCCGCUCCGCUCUACGGCCGCCUUUGUUACGGCCUCCACACACUGCCUGUUCUCAGAGAUUAUCCAGUCGGACCUCUGGAGGCGGGUGUGCAGCUGACGCAGCUGACCCACAGGCUCAAUGGAGGUCAUCUCGGCAGCUCCCUGGUGAUCCCCAACCAGAACACCUUUGAUCCUCUGCUGCGCUCUCCCGAGAUCAGCACUGGUUGUUAUAAAGCAGAGCACAUGCUGGCGACGAGCAAAAUCACAGACAGACAGGAGGGCAGUGAAGCGAACACAGCCGACACAAAAGAGCAGCAGGAUCUGGCCAAGAUAAAACCGACAGAAACAGAGUCGACACCAGCCGGCGACUCUGCAGAUCUGUCCCACUGUGACCCAAAUGAGUCUUCAUGCCAAAGUCACACCAGCUCCUCGUCAAACCAGCACGAGGGGCGGCCGGGGUCAUCGCAGACCCAGAUCAGCACCGGAGCCACCAGCUGCACUUUGGAUGACAUUGAUACUGACUCUUCUAUUCCCUCUGUUUCCGAGCGAAAUUAUUCAAAUGGAGGUCAAACGAGUUGUGUAAAGCCUCCUGUUUACCUGCCAGGAGACACGUACAGCAUCGUGGGCUCGCUGAAUCCCAACAACAGAGGGACAUGUUCCAACGGGGUGAGUAGUGGUGGCUUGUUCCCGGCGGGGAUGCAGCUACUGAACAUGUGCAAACUCCAGGGGAAGGAUCUGACCUCGCAGCCUUUGUCCUUAACUGGGGGGCUGUUUGGCAACAACACGGGCUGGGCAUGCGGGGCGGAGAGCGCGAGAGGAGAGGCGGCCAACCCGCAGCCUCUCCGGAUGGAAGACCUCCUGAACAUCCGUCUGGACCAGGUCACCUUUGACCUGUCGCAGCCGCCAUAUGACUCACUGCAGACUUACGAGUUCGAGGGUCGUGACUCACGCGCUGAGUCACUGAGCUCGCUGGAGAGCGACGGGGAGAAGGACGAGGGGAAAGUGGUGGGAGGGAUGGAGGAGUUAAACCAGAAGUUUCAGAGGCUGGUGGAGAUUAUUCGAGAGAGAGAGAGAGAGAAGGAGGGAGACGGGGGAGAGACAGGGGGAGGAGAGACUGCUGAGGCGCCUGACGAUGAGACUCAUAAACAAAAGGAGGACGAUGAAAAACAACAACAGAGAUGGGAUUUCUAGUCUGCAAUAAAGGGAAAAGUUAGAGAGAGGAGUGGGGCUGUUGACAGUGAUGGAUUUUCAAAACAGCAGGGUGGAUAAACACACAGACUCUGACAGAAAUCUUCUUGUUUGGCCCCCCCCCUGCAGGGGAAAAAUCCAGGAGUUCGACAGCAGAGCGAAGAUUUGUGUUGGCAUCAGUGCACAGCGUAUAGUUUUCACCUCCACAGUCUUUGUAGAAAUGCAUAUGGAUCUGUCACUUUUCACACUGCUCAUGUAGCUGACAUUAAUAAUGCACUGGAGCUUUCAAAGCUUAAAGUUAUGAAAAAUUAACUUUUUUUAAAUAUUGAUUCCGAGCCCUGAAAGCUGCAUUGUUAGAAAAUGGGCCUCAUUAAAUAUUGAGCAGAAUUGUGAUAUUUAAUAUUGAUAGUUUAAUAUGGACAUGCUCUUUGGAAAUCCCUGGAAUUUGAAUGAAGCUUCUGAAUUGGGAGAGUUUUAAACAGUACAGCACUGUCGAUGAUCUACACUGCCACGUGUUCACAGAGUCUGUUUGUGAGUCCGAGUGUGUUUCAUUUCUUUUCUGUAGCUCAGCAAGUCUAAAUGUUCAACACUUCAAUACUCUUAGAUACCAUGUGACACAAUACAGUCUGUUAUUUUAAUGAUCUAUAGUACAUUAUAAUACCAAAGCUUUUUUUUAAAUCCAUCUUUUUUAAAGGACAGGUACGCUGGAGAGGAAUGAGUCCAUCAAUCCUCCUCCUGCACACUGUCUAAAGGCACAAAACAUGGGCAACAUGCAUGUUUUUGUGCAAUUAAGAACAAGAAAUGAUCCAAUUUAUCGGUUACCCAGGACUUGUGUUUUUGUUGCUGUUGUAUCUGAACAGGUAUCGUUUGAUUUUUACGAGAGCCGAGUUGAAGUUUUAAACUCUGGUAUCAUGAUGACUGAGUCUUCAUCACAUCAGCAGAGUCCACUCACUAUUAGGGGGUGUCACGAUUCUGAUUCUUUACAGAAAAUGAAGGGUGAUUAAAAUGUAGGGUCAGUGUUUAAUUCAUUUGGCACAAAACACAAAAGCUGCAGGCUGAAAGCUAAUCUGAGUUUACUGUCGCUUUAGCCUGCAGGUGCACUUUCAGAGACACCCUGGUCACUGCCAGAGUCAGAGAUGUAUUGAAACAACAGAAACAAGUUCAGCACAACCCCGAAAAUCCUCCUGUUCCCUGAAGGCAGCAGUAUGGCAGCAUUUUACCUUCACACUGUGAGAUUUGAAAAACUAGUAUUGUGCUCAGACCAAAACACAGGAAAAGUUUUGUCCAGGUGUGUUUGCAAACGGUUGAGGAAACUCACACAGCUCUGAUUCCUCACUGCCUCCUUCUUUAAAGAUCCUGUGUGGAGUUUUGAGCUGGUUAUGAAACAAACUUUUAAUGAGUUCAUUAAUUAAUGAAUGCCUCAAUAUGUGUUUACCAAAAAAAUAACAACACCAUCAGCAUAAAGAUUUCUAUGUAGUUCUAUAAAAUGCCUGAGACUCGAGGGCUAGGUGUCAGAAGAGGCAACAAAAAGCCCGCUACAGAAAAAAAUAGUUUUAACAUUUUCUAUUUCAACAUUUUCCACAGCAGAUUCUUUAUGAGUGAUAAUAAAGCAGGAUGAGGGUUUUUGUCUAGUUACUGUGCACCCAUUGGCCUUGUUGAGGGCUACGCCCCUUCUAAAGAGGCUGUAGCCCUCAAAGCGGGUGGCCUGGGUUUAACUCUGUCCUGCAUGUCACUCUCUACUCCUGAUUCCCCCCCCCCCCCCC